AUGAGUGGAUUUCGUUAUCAAAAGUGGGAUCCGUUGUUGAUCAUCAGUCAGAUUAUUUCUAUCCAAACGUUAUACUAUCUGGGACUUGGCUUUUGGGUAUUGUUAAUCACGGUUGUUGUUGAUCGUAGCCCUUCACUUGACUAUAUGUUCUCCUAUGAAAUAUUCAAAACGUCGAAUUGGAAUAAUCGAUUGCUCAACAGUGUAUUUUUCCUCAACGCUUUAACAAGUGGAUUUGCAAUUGUCUACAUAGUCGGACGAUAUAAGCAAUGUUUGGAUUUUUCGGUAACGAUACAUGUCUAUCAUUUUCUAGCAUGUUGGGUGUAUAAUUCUCAAUCUCCGCAUCAUUUUUCUUGGUAUGUGACGCAAUUUUUCUGCAUCGUUAUUAUGACCAUUCUUUCGGAGCAUCUUUCGAAAAAAUACGAACUUCGAAAUAUUCCCUUGGCAUCACGUGUAGAUCUUUAA